CUUUGGUUCCAGCUGGGAAGAUGCCGGAGCGUGAAGGAGUUCGAGAAGCUCAACCGCAUCGGGGAGGGCACCUAUGGCAUAGUGUACCGUGCCCGCGACACCCUGACGGAUGAAACGGUGGCGCUGAAGAAGGUGCGGAUGGACAACGAGAAAGAUGGGAUGCCCAUCAGCAGCCUGCGCGAGAUCACGCUGCUGCUGCAGCUGCGGCACCCCAACAUCGUGGAGCUCAAGGAGGUGGUUGUAGGGAACCACCUGGAGAGCAUUUUCCUGGUGAUGGGCUACUGCGAACAGGACCUGGCCAGCCUCCUGGAGAACAUGCAGACACCCUUUUCUGAGGCGCAGGUGAAGUGCAUCAUCUUGCAAGUCCUCAAGGGCCUGCAGUACCUUCAUGAGAACUACAUCAUCCACAGGGAUCUGAAAGUGUCCAACCUGCUCAUGACCGACAAAGGCUGCGUGAAGAUAGCGGAUUUUGGGCUGGCGCGGACUUACGGGAUGCCCCCGAAGCCAAUGACCCCGAAAGUUGUCACGCUGUGGUACCGAGCACCUGAGCUGCUGCUGGGGAUGACGACGCAGAGCACCAGCAUUGACAUGUGGGCCGUGGGCUGCAUCCUCGCCGAGCUCCUGGCGCACAAGCCGCUGCUGCCGGGCACCUCUGAGAUCCACCAGAUCGACCUGAUCGUGCAGCUGCUGGGGACCCCCAACGAGAACAUCUGGCCGGGCUUCUCCAAGCUGCCCCUGGUGAGCCAGUACACCCUGCGCAAGCAGCCCUACAACAACCUCAAGCACAAGUUCCCCUGGCUCUCGGAGGCCGGGCUGCGUCUGCUCAACCUGCUCUUCAUGUACGACCCCAAGAAGCGGGCCACGGCCAAGGACUGCCUGGAGAGCUCCUACUUCAAGGAGAAGCCGCUGC